AUUCCAAAAUUAAAUAUAAAAACAAAUUAACCUAACCCUAAUUAACCCUAAUAAAAACUAAUCCAUUAUCACACUUAAAAACACCCUUGUUAUAACAACAGCGCAAAUCCAAUGCGCUCAAAUCCAUGGCCACACUCAACGCGCGCGCGCGCGCGCACCACAACCGUCUCAUCACCCACCACUCCAACGCCCCAUCCACAGCCCUGCUCCUCCUUCGCUCCCUCCUCCGCCACACUGCCUUCCCCUCCCCCGCCGCCCUCUCCUCCCUCUUCAAAUCCCUCUCUUCCUCUUCCCCUCCCCUCCUCCUCCCUGCCCUCCACCUCCAUGCUCUCGCCCUCAAGCUCUCCCUCUCCUCCUCCCCCUUCCCAGCCACCGCUCUCAUCCAUCUUUACUCCAAAAUUCACCUCCCCAACGAUGCCCUCAAGGUGUUCGACGAAAUGCCCUUCAAAGACCAAGUCUCCUACGCCGCCAUCAUCGUCGGCCUCGCCCAGAACCACCGUUCUUACAACGCUUUAUCCAUCUUCAAAUCCAUGCACCGCGCCGGCGUUCCCUCCACAAUGUACUGCCUCUCCGGCGCUCUCCGUGCCACCGCCUCUUCCGCCGCGUUAGAACUAUCUCAAGUCAUUCACGCACACUCUUUCGUAUCGGGCUUCAAUUCUGAGCUCGUCGUUGCGACUUCCCUCGUGGAUUCCUACGGCAAAUCUGGCCUCAUUUCAGAUGCACAGAAGGUGUUCGAUGGUAUGUCUCAGUGCACAAAUGCUAUUUCUUAUAAUGCAUUGUUAUCUGCCUAUGCACAACAAGGUGACACAGUUUCAACCAUUGACCUUUUUAACCGAAUGGUUAGUGGUCACACACCGGAUGAAUUCACCUUCUUGGCAAUCUUGUCUUCAUUAAGCAAUGCCGGCAUGGUUCGCGAAGCCGAGGAAUGGAUUGAUAGAAUGGAGAAGUGUUACGGUGUGAAGCCGGGCUUGGAGCACUAUACAUGUUUGAUCGGAGCGAUGGUGCGCGUUGCUCGGUUAGUUAGUGCGGAGAAGUUAGCACUCACAAUGCCGUUCGAGCCGGAUGCGGCGGUGUGGCGAACAUUGCUUUCCGGGUCAAUGGUGCAUAAUGUAGCUGAUAUUGGCUUUGCUGCUGGUCGGAGACUUCUCGAGUUAGACCCGAGAGACGAUUCCGCUUAUGUGAUUUUAUCAAAUAUGUAUUUGUCAACCGGGAAGAAGGAUGAAGUUGCGGAGUUGUGGACAGAGAUGAGGAACAGAGGAGUGAAGAAGGAAGGCGGGAAGAGUUGGAUAGAAGUGCGCGGGGAGGUUCAUGUGUUUGUCGCCGGAGAUAGAAAGCACGAGCGAAUUCAGGAGAUAUAUGCAAAGUUAGAGGAGUUGAUAGAGGAUGUUAGGGAGUUAGGAGAAUGUUUGAAGGAUGAUGAGAGUGUAUGGUAUCAUAGCGAGAGGUUGGCGGUGGCGUUUGGGGUGGUGACCGGAGUUGCGCCGGAGGGAAAGGCAGUGAGGAUAGUGAAGAAUUUGAGGAUAUGUGGAGAUUGCCAUGAGUUUUUCAAGUGUGUAAGUAAAGUGGUAGAGAGGGAGAUUGUUGUGAGGGAUGUGAAUAGAUAUCAUAGAUUUGAAUUUGGGACUUGCACUUGCAAGGACUUCUGGUGAGGUGGUUUACAAAAGAAGGAAAUAUCUGAGAGUUCAAAGCAUUGAGAUGAUCAUUGAAUUUAAUGAGCUAAUUAAACAAUUAAAAAAAAAGGAAUAGUAAUUAAUAAU